CCUGCCACCCGGAAGUUUCCCAUGGAUGAUGUUGGCGAUUACAGCGCGCUGAUUUGUUCGUCCAUUGCGCCUCAGUCUAGCGUUCACUGAACCGAGUGACCGAGGAUGUGAGGCGGUCUGAAUUCCCCAUUAGGCUCCUCCAGCAUGAAGCAGAAAAGCGCGUGAGCGGAUCUCAGUGAAGGCAGUCUGAUUUCGGCAGGAUGCUCCGGCUGCUCGCGGCGCUGAUGAUUGUUGGGCUGCUGCUCGCGUGCUUCACUUCCUGGCUGUUUGACAGCUAUGACACCGCCUGGCACCCGAAGCGCAGCUUCCAUCAGUCCAAGAGGAUCGGCCCACCGUAUCCCAGCGGGCAGCUGCACAAUAUAUUCUGGUUUGUGCAGGUGUCCGACAUUCAUAUCAGCCGUUUCCAUGAUCCAAGGCGCAUUCCAGACUUCGAAAGGUUCUGUAGUGACACUAUUGAUGUGAUAAAACCUGAUCUUGUGCUGGCCACAGGGGACUUAACAGAUGCAAAGACUGAGAGUAAAGUGGGCUCUCUUCAACAUGAAGUGGAGUGGCAGGCCUACCACAACAUCCUUAAAAGAUCGCGAGUGCUGGAACGCACAAAAUGGAUUGACAUUCGGGGAAACCAUGAUGCCUUUAAUAUUAUUUCUCUGGAGAGCGUGAACAAUUAUUACAGGAAGUACUCUGCCAAUCAGAAAGUUGGAUCCUUCCACUACAUACACAGAACCCCGUUUGGGAACUACUCGUUCAUUUGUGCCGAUGCCACUCUGACCCCUGGACCCAAGCGGCCCUAUAACUUCUUUGGGAUUAUCAAUCAAACUCAGAUGGACAUGUUGGCGACCUUUAGAGAGGAGAGCCUGAGCAGUAACAAGUCCAUCUGGUUUGGACAUUAUACCACAUCUACAGUCAUCUCCCCCUUCCCAGGAAUCCGAGAGCUCAUGAGUACAGCUGUAGCGUACUUGUGUGGGCACCUACAUACACUAGGAGGCUUCAUGCCAGUGCUGCACAGUCGACAUCAAGGAGGCACGCUGGAGUUAGAGCUGGGAGACUGGAUGGAGAACCGCAGGUACAGGAUAUUGGCUUUCGACCAUGACCUGCUUAGUUUCUCCGAUUUGACGUUUGAGGACUGGCCAGCUGUGCUGAUCACCAAUCCCAAAGACGCACAGUACCUUCACCCAGGAGUGGAGCCUCUGGGUCGUAUCCGCAGUUCCACGCACAUCAGGGUCCUGGCUUUUUCUGAGUCUACGAUCACAGCUGUGUAUGUGAGUGUGGAUGGAGUUUCACUGGGAAAAGCGGUCAGCGCAGGGGGUCCUCUAUAUGUGCUGCUCUGGGAUCCAACGCUUUACGCUACUAGACUGCACACUAUCAGAGUUAAAGUGGAGGACUCGGCAGGUCGCUCAAAAGUGCGAGAGCAGCAGUUCACACUGGAGGAGGACCUCACGCCCAGCUUUGGCUUCAUGCAGUCCUUCAUCCUCCUCACAGACCACUACAUACUGGCACGGAUUGCCUUUGUGGCAAUAGUCUUACUAAACCUUGGUGGGCUUGUACUCUUCAGAUUUAUGCCUGUAUCUUCAAUGAGAGGGCUGUCUUCUCAAGCGCUGAUGCCCCUGCAUCUUGUCAGUAAGAGCAAUGUGUUCUUCUACUCUCUGCUGCUGUUCAACCUGUGUACAGCAUUAGGUCCAUGGUUCAUCGGGGAAGUCAUUGAUGGACACAAUGGAGCCUGCUUUGCUUUUGGUGUGUUUGUGGAUGGGCAUUUCCUUGAAGGCAGUCUGACAUAUGUUGUGGGAGUCAUACAGGUGCUUUUCUUCAAUAUGCCUCUCACUUAUUACCUCUGCUGGAGUCUUCACCACAGGUGUCGUGGCACCAACUUCCGCUCACAGUUCUGCCGGCCGGGCUGCCGAUGGAGGACUCUGGCGAUGCACUUGGGCAUGCUGGUCCUCAUGAUCUGGCAAGCCUAUUCUUGCUACUUCCUGCUGGAGACCUACGGGCCACUGGCCUUCUUCCUGUCUCCCGUACGCACCUGGGCCUUUCUCAUGGGCCUGCUGUUGGUGUACAGGGCAUGGUGGGGAACACCUCCUCGUUUCUCCGAUGGCAGCAAAACCAACCGGCCAUUGUGAUGGUGACCGUUUAAGAGAGGCCUUCACCUGUAUCGUUGUUUUGUGCCAAGCUCUUCCCUCCUUUCGCCGCUGUAUUCAUGGUCAUCAAAAUGCCAAUCAUUUCCAUUACAGGUUAGCAUAGCGAAAAUAGUCAACAAAUCCUUUGUAUUGAGCGAUGAUGGCAUCACACAUGGAUGACGGAGCCGUUUAAACCCUUUGACACUGGUAGCUUUUAUAGCCAGUUCCCACCAUUGUGAACCCAAGCAGUGUCCUAACAGAUGUGUGUGGUUGAGCAUACUAAUUACUUUGAUAAACUGCACAUUAUGUACUUGUCAAAUUAUGUUUGUUUUUAUGUGUGAGGAGCAAUCAAGAAAGGAAUACGACUGCCUGAUAUUCUUAUCUGCAUGAAACUGCCACUUCACUGAGAGGUCAUUCAACAAGGAUCCUCCCAAAUGGUUUUUAAAGCAUAUAAAACACACUGUAAAGAGGGGAUGGUAUCUAUUUCUAAAACAUUCUUACGCUAGUACACAAUAAUAUGUAAAGGAUAAUUUAAGGGAUGAAGCUGGUCAUUGUCGCAAAUUAACUUUGUUCCAGACAGAAUCAUAUAUUGAAAAUAAUUUCAUAAGAAGCCAAAGCAUCAAGCUUUGCACGUCACACCAAGCAACAAACAGAUUGGAGCUGUGUGUGUGUGAGCGUAAUCAGCCAAUCAGAUUAGACAAUCCGAACUAUAAUGAUCAGCUGACUGCACAUUAUCCCCACUUAUUACAUGACUUCUUAGCAUAAUAAAAUUUGGGUAUUUUGUUAAGAAAAAACUGUACUGUGAUACAAGGGACAUGAAAUUGCCAGUGACAAUGUUAAAUUGUAUAGUUUAGUGGUUAUUAUACAAAAAUAUUUAAUGUAAAAUGCCAACAUUGACCAGAAUUUGUCAGAAUUAAAGGAUUAGU